UCUCCCACCUAUAAAUACCGCGAUACAACGUCACACUUUGUUUGUUACUCUCUUUUUUUUGUCUCCACACUCCUCAUUUUUUGUUUCCUUUUAUGCACACGAGAGAAUACAAAUAUUCACACACACAAACACACAGUAGCAAUUUAUAAUUAACGCUGUUUUUGAGGCGUGGAGAAAUUCCGGCGGCUUUCGCCGGAGAAAAUUGUGCAUGCGGCGGAGAAUGAGAGGCUCUCAUUCAAUUUCAUCAUAUCUCUGUUUGAUUCAGCUUUUGUCACCGAUUCAUUGCUGGAAUGCAUUGAGGAACUGAAGAUUUCAAUAUAUUCACUGAAAAAUCCACAGCUUUUCGGUAAAGGUAAAAAGAAGAGAAUAUAAAAAAGAAAAAAGACAAGAAAAUGCUGACGUGUAUUACUUGCUCAAAGCAAACAAGGGAAGAUGAGGGAGAAGAAAGCUCGCGUGGGACUCCCAGUACCAAAGACGCCGUCAAAAGCCUGACCUCGCAGAUUAAGGAUAUGGCGUUGAAGGUGUCCGGAAAAGGGAAGCCCGGUGAGGCAGAAGGGAGUUACAAGAAAGGCCAGAGAUCGUAUUCCGAUUUUGAUACGAUGUCGGAUGCAUAUGCACAACAGCCUGCGGGGAGCACAAGCUCCACUCCGGCUUGGGAUUUCACGAGCACAGGGCGCCGCCCUGAAUCAAGAUUCUCCGCCUCAGUCUCGGCCCAGGUAGUGGUGGAGGACGAAGAAGAGCCUAAAGAUUGGACGGCCCAAGUUGAGCCUGGUGUUCAGAUCACGUUUGUCUCCCUCCCUGCUGGAGGGAAUGACCUUAAACGAAUCCGUUUCAGCCGGGAGAUGUUCAACAAAUGGCAAGCUCAGAGAUGGUGGGGUGAGAAUUAUGAUAGGAUAAUGGAGCUAUACAAUGUGCAGAGAUUCAAUCAGCAGGCUAUGAACACUCCUGGGAGAUCCGAGGAUGGAAGAGAGUCUAGUUACUCGAAGCUGGGAUCUAGUAUGGAAAGUCCCGCGAUGACUCCAUCGCAGAACAAGGAGUGGCCUCCAACACCGAGGUAUAAAGACAGCCUCCAAGGCGCUGGGUCAAGUACGGGGAAGGGUGGGGAGAUGUCGUCCGUGGAAGCAGCAUCGAGGACCACGACCUCGUCCCGAGACGUGUCUGUGAGCAAUGCUAGUGACAUUGAGUCGGAAUGGAUAGAGGAAGACGAGCCUGGGGUUUACAUCACCAUCAGACAGCUUCUUGAUGGCACUAGAGAGCUUCGGCGAGUCAGAUUCAGCCGCGAGAAAUUUGGAGAGGUACACGCUAAGCAUUGGUGGGAAACUAACAGAGACAGGAUACAAACUCAGUAUCUUUGCUAAAUUCAACUUUUAUUUUGACAAAACUAAGUUUAUAUUAUCUAACCCAAAAUGUUUGGAACAAGGCAGCUCUUUGGCUUUCUAUUAAUCUGAUUGCGUUUGUAGGUAUUUUACCGCUUUGUUUUCA